AUGGGUGCUGUUCAGGAAGAUGAGGGAGAGAGCAGCAUUCUCGACCGUAUCUGGAGGGCGGACGAGUCAGACUUCGGACACUCGGCGAUUAUCGAGAACAGAGACCUGGUCUUCAUGCGGGAAAAGACCCUGGACCAACUGGACCAGGAUAGGGCGAAUUUCAAAAAGGAUCAGAGGGCAAUCAAGCCACCCGCCGAUCCAGACUUCCGCCAUACCCUUACCCCCAGCAGGGCGAUGUUAUUCCGGUUCUCGGCGCUCACAUUCAAUGCUCACUUGAUCCACCUCGAUCCAGGCUACACGCAGAACGUGGAAGGCUAUCGAAACCUUCUCGUGCAUGGGCCGUUGACUCUGACCCUGUUACUUACCGCUCUGCAGACUCAUCUGCUCAAAUCCAACCGAGGAGUGAGAGACAUACAAUACAGGAAUCUCUCGCCUCUCUAUGUGGACGAACGUCUGACGAUUUGCGGCAAGCAGAAAUCUGGCAGGGAUGGACCGGUAUGGGACGUAUGGAUCGAAGGCAGUAAUGGGGGCCUGGCAGUACGGGGCACUGCUGAGGCGCAUGCUUUAUAG